AACCUCCUAUACUCUCGAUCGAUAGGAGCAGCGUGUUAUCGACCGACCAUGAACCGUUUGUGGUGCUCGCUCUCCCACACGCUCCGCCGCUGCAGAGCUCCGGGCGCGCCGCAGCGCCUGCUUGACUGGUGGUGUUCUUCUGCCUCCCGCGUCACGCCCGCUCUACUCCGUCGUUGUCCACCGUCGACUGUGUCGAGGCCACUUCGUCUACAGUACCGUUGGUACGACGACCCUCGGAAGGCCAUGACGGCGACGGCGAUCGGCUUGAGCGCCACGGUCAUGGCAGCCUGCCAGGUCGUGCCCUGCACCAACCGCUCCCACCUGGUCGUCCUCUCCGCCCAGAAGGAGCGCGACCUUGGUGAGUCCCAUUUCACCGAGUUGAAGCACAUCUACAGGCAUAGGACGGUCGACCCACACCAUCCGGAUAGCGUCCGUGUACGUCUCAUCGCCGACAAAAUCAUCCACGCCGCCAACCGCGGCCUUGGCAUCUACGACAGCCGUGACGCCCCCUUGCUCAGCGUCACCCGCAAAGGGAAGAAGAAGCCGUGGGCACGGCAGCCGCACACGAGGCACCUCCAUGGGCUCGACACCUGGGAGCUGGUCCUUGUCAGUGAUGGUAGGAUCGGAGCCACGUCCUCCCCCGGUGGCAGGAUUUUAGUCUUCACCGGCCUGCUCGACUGGCUUAAGACCGACGGCGAGAUCGCCUUCUGCAUUGCACACGAGAUUGGGCACCACAUUGCAAGGCACACAGCGGAUAUCACGAGUAGAUUGUUGCUACCGAAAUUCCUACGCCCAACCUUCAUACGACGGGCUGAGAUAGAGGCAGAUCGCAUUGGAAUCUUGCUGCUCGCUGCUGCUGGUUUUCAUCCAGACCAUGCCCUUGCAUUCGCUAAGAAGGCAGCUACAGUUGUACCAAAGUAUUCUGUACUGAAACAGAUGCUAGAAAUUACUCAUCCCCACCCUGAGGACAGACUGGCGCGUUUAUCAGAGGCUAAGACCAUGGAGGAAGCGCUUGAACUGUACAGAGAAGCUACUGCCAGGGAUAAAGUAACUGAAAAAUAUUUCAGUAACCCAACCAUGUAAGAUAUACCUUUUUGGGUGAAUUCCAUGCAAAGUCGGGCAAAUGGUAUUUUAAUUAUUUUUUAAGAGGUGUGUCCGUAAAGACAUCUGAUACUUAAUAUAUGGCCUUAGAUCUCUCCGCAAAGAUAAUGGUAUUUCAAUUUAUGAAAAUACCAUCCAGUAAGAUUAACUCUCCUAGUAACAAAGACUAAACUGAUACCCCAAAACCCCCUGGUUACUAGU